AUGGAUUAUGAGCAAAUAGCGAAUAAUGUCGCGGAUAAGCUUGUAAGCUAUAGUAAGGAUGAGUCUGGAUGGAAAACCUGCAAGAAAACUAAUGAAGUCGUGGUAUACUGGCGACCGUCAUCGGAGUUCCCUGGAAAUCUGUAUAAGGGGGAGGGAAUUGUCAAUGGAAGCCCUGACAAAGUGUGGGAGUGCUUAAAGCCAGAUCCCCACGGACUGCGUGUAAAAUGGGAUAGCAAUGUGAAGAAGUUUGAGCUCCUUGAACAUGUCACCAAGGAUAUCACAGUCUGCAGAACUGUGACUCCCUCUGCAGCUAUGGGUAUUAUUUCACCACGAGACUUUGUUGAUGUUAUUUUAGUGAAGCGGUAUGAAGAUGGAACCAUCACAUCAAAUGCAACAAAUGUGAGCCAUCCCAACUGCCCUCCUCAUUCAGGCUAUGUCAGAGGCUUCAAUCAUCCAUGUGGCUGUUUUUGCAUUCCUGUUCCUGGAGAGCCAGGAAAAACGCAGCUUAGGAGCUUCUUCCAGACUGAUCUUGGAGGAUUCCUCCCUCGUUCUGUGGUGGAUUCGUUCUUUCCCUCCAGCAUGUCUGAGUUUUACGUUAACCUUGCUAAGGCAGUCAAGGCACUAAAAUAGCACUAAAAGCACCUUUCAAAAGGGAGUUCCUCUACUUGAACUGAGAUUAUAUUAUUAGAUUAAAAUAUUUUAAUUAAGAACUUAA